AUGGAUGCCUUGGUGGACUUGGCCAACCUUGCCUCCGAACCUGGCACAGACGAUACUACUUCUUCCAACCUGGAGACGAGUGCAUCUCUCGGCAAAACCAUUCCAGUUGAGUCUCUCUUGAAUGCACUAUCAAAGCUUUCAGAAGAGCCUGGUUCGAACAAACAUCUUUGGGCAAGCCUCAACGACGAGAUAAAGAAUUGGGGCUUAGGCUUCAAGGCUGUAGAAUCAGCAAUCCAGGUGCAGACUCAGGUUUUACGCCAGACUGCGCACGACAAAGAAGACCUCAAUUGCCUGAAGGAUCUACACAUCAUCAAUCCGGAAACCCACAAGAAGCAAAUAGAGAACACGAAAGGCGGCCUACUGAAGGACUCUUAUCGCUGGAUCCUCCAACACAGCGACUUUCGGAGAUUCAGGAAUGACCCAGAAAGCCGAUUGCUUUGGAUCAAAGGCGACCCGGGCAAGGGGAAGACGAUGCUUCUUUGCGGCAUCAUUGACGAACUAAAGAAAGAGCCUUCACUAGUGGUGUCUUAUUUCUUUUGCCAAGCCACCGAAGACCAGGCCAGAAACGCGACGUCGGUGAUCCGAGGCCUCAUCUGGCUCCUCUGUACCACCCAUCCAACAUUGACCUCCUACGUCAGAAAGAGGUAUGAUGUUGAGGGCAGAGAGCUCUUUGAUGACUCGUGUGCGUUGGUGUCUUUGGAAGGCAUACUUACGGAUAUACUCCAAGACUCGUACUUGCAGGAUGCAAUGUUUGUUGUCGACGCUCUAGAUGAGUGCUCAGACAAGAAUAGAGUUGAGCUCGUUGACCUUCUUGUCAAGUUGUCCAGCUCCUCUCGCGCUAAAUGGAUUGUGUCUAGCCGUAAUUGGCCGACAAUCGAGGAACAGCUGCGAGAUGCCGAGAAGAUCAGGGUGCACCUUGAAGUGAAUCAAGACUCCAUAGCCGGAGCGGUGAAAACUUUUGUUCACUACAAGGUGGACCAACUUGCUCAUAAAAAGGGAUACAAAUCAGAGACAAAGCAGGCUGUCCUUGAAAGCUUACUUCUGAAGGCCAACGAUACAUUUCUUUGGGUAGCCUUGGUUUGCAAAGAGUUGGCGCGUCCUCAAGUCAAAUCUCGGCACACUCUUUCAAAGCUAGACUCCGUACCAGCAGGGCUCGACGAUCUAUAUGAGCGCAUGCUUGGCCAAAUCCUCAAGUCGGAGGAUGCAGACCUUUGCACGCAAAUACUUGCCACUUCUUGCAUCGCAUACCGUCCAGUUUCGCUGGACGAAUUGCGGGUUCUGGUAUUAGAAACACAGGAUUUGAGCCGUGAGGACUUGGAAGAAGUCAUCGGCGAGUGCGGCUCAUUUCUAACUAUUCAAGACGACAUCGUCUACUUUGUGCAUCAAUCCGCUCAAACUUUUCUGAUGGAAAAAGGAUGCGAUGCAAUCUUCCCCUCAGGAAUCAGGAAUCAGAACCAUGUUAUGUUCCGACGGUCUUUGGACGCAUUGAGAUCUCUGGAGCGCGACAUGUAUCGAUUGCAAGCGCCGGGUGUCCUCAUUGACGAGAUCUCACGGCCCGAGCCUGAUCCAUUGUCUCCUCUCUGCUACUCUUCUCUUUACUGGGUUGACCAUCUUGAACAGUCCAAGCAAAAUAUCUCAUCGUCUGAUUGUGGGGAGAUUGAGGAAUUUAUGAGAGAGAAGUUCCUGUACUGGCUAGAGGCUCUUGGCUUGCAGAGGAAGACGCCAGAAGGAGCUGGGGCAAUAGGAAAGCUAAGAGAUAUUAUGCAGAACACGGCAGACGCAGAACUGAACAGUAUCAUCGAAGACGCGCGACGAUUUGUUUUUUCUCAUAGGGCCAUUAUUGAGAUUGCACCUCUUCAAGUUUAUGCAUCAGGGCUGAUAUUCAGCCCCACCGACAGUCUGGUUAGGAAUAUGUUUAAGAACGAGGAACCGGACUGGCUGAAAUUGAAGCCCAGGAUGCAGAGAAAUUGGGACACGUGCAUCCAGACACUGGAAAGCCGAUCUCUUAUCUCGUCGGUGGCCAUUUCGCGUGAUGGCCAGCGCCUUGCUUCAGGUACGGAAAGCGGAGUCGAAAUCUGGAAUGUAGCGUCAAGCCAUUGCAUCCGAUCGUUUGAGAUUGACUUUGUGUGUGGAGUCGAUUUUUCAGUGGAUGGCCAACAUCUUGCGGUGGGCUUAAAAAGUGGGGACAUAGGCCUCUGGGAUGUGGAUUCAGGCGUGCAUGUGCAAACGUUGCAUGGUCAUAACACGACGGUGAACGAUGUUGCCUUCUCCCCAGAUGGAAAGCUGCUGGCGUCAGCCUCCGACGACGAAACAGUCAAGAUGUGGGACUUCAAAAAGGGCGAAUGUAUCAGAACGAUGCAUGGCCCUGAGGGUGGUGUUACAUCAUUGUCAUUCUCGGCGGAUGGUCGGCAGUUGGCAUCGGGUGGGUCGGAUGGUACUGUCAGAGUUUGGGAAUCUGCCACUGGCAAGUGCAUCUGGACUCUUGACGGCCACAGCGAUUUCGUUGGGCCAGUUUCCUUUUUAUCAGGCGACUCCCUGGCCUCUGGCUCGUACGACAGAACAGUCAAGAUUUGGGACGUGACGACGGGCAUCUGCAUCCGCACCUUGCAAGGCCACGGUACAUUAGUCAUGUCGGUUGUCUUUCUGGGAAAAGGUCUCAGUUUUGCAUCGGCCUCAUAUGGUGGUAUGAUCGAUAUUUGGGAUGAUACAGGAGCCUGCGUCCAGACCCUUGACCAUCAUAGCAGGAGUGGAAGAUGGUCCCUGGCGUUUUCUGCGAACAAUCAGUUGCUUGCUUCAGCUUCUGGCAACACAACCAAAAUCUGGGAUAUGGCAGCACAUUCGGCAGAGCGCCCCUUCGAGCAUCACGUCGCUGACUACACAGAAGUCGCAAUUUCGCCGAAUGGCAAGUGGGUUGCGUCAGUUUCAGAAAACAAAACAGUGAAGCUCUGGAACGCAUUCAACGGGACAUGUGUCCAUACCAUUGAGCUGAGCAUUGAGUCUAACCAUCUUCAUUUCGAUGCAACUCAUAACUCCCAACUCAGUACUAGAGUUGGCGUUCUAGACUUGGACAAGAUUCUUGCAACAGAUGUGGAGCAGAAUAAUACGACUUGGGAACCCAAAUACCACGGCUGUGGGUUUAGUAGAGAUGGAGCGUGGAUUCUUAGAGGCAGCCAAAGGAUGCUUUGGUUGCCCGAAGACUAUCGGUCCUAUCGAUCAAUGGCGUCGGCGUCGACUGUUGUGAUCAGAACUGAUACCAGAGGUUUGCUUUUUAUGCAAUUUGGGGUGGAAAGUUCGAACUUGGUCUAA